GGCUUAUUGUCUUUGUACUGUAGUGAACUUCAGUCAACUGCAACUUCGCCAUCAAAAACAAAUUUGAAUGAUAAUAAGAGAUGUUCAAGGCAAUUGUCAGAGACUGGCAAGGAUAGAAUGCGUAAGAAGGGGUUCUACAUAACAGAUCGGUUUCAGUCAGGACAGCUUGAUGCUUGUUCUACUAUGAGGAAAGAAGAAGAGAGGGAGAUCUUCAUUGUUAUCCUCCAAUUCCGCUGCAAGUCAAACUGAAAGUUGGACCAACAUGGGUUCUUGGAGCCGUUUCAGGCUGAGAAUUAUGCAGAUGGUGUUGAAGUUCCCGGUUAUUGAAGAGCGAUUUUUUUUGGCUUGUGCAAGUAAAACAAUACUGAUGAUAAUGAAGCCUGAAUUGAACGUCAACUGCAGCAGCAUGUAGUUUAAGUUACAUGUAGAUAUCACUCUCGGUGGACUUAAUAGCAUUGACUGUUGAUCGCAGGAGAAGCUUUCACAAAAAUAGACCCAAUCAGGUUAACAUUAGUUUAUUGGUUGAUGACCUUGCCACCAG